ACUUACAAGAAGCGGAGCAGGAAGCAGAGUGCAGCAGCAGCAGCAGCAGCAUCUCGGCAGGUUGUUGUGUCCUCCUGUGGAAGCACAGAGCUUGUUGCAGGUCACGAUGAUCGCCACAACUCAACAGAACAUGACCACGGAGCUGCAAGACCUGGGGAGCACAGACGGUCCCCCACGGAACUGGAAGGGCAUCGGGAUCGCCAUGGUGGUGAUCCUGGCCGUGAUGUCUCUGGUUAUUCUCUCUGUCUUCCUCCUCACUCCGGACGAGUCCCACUUGUUACUUCACUCCUAUGUGACCAUGGAGGAUCUGGAGAGUGACGACUUCAAAAUUCACGAUCCUCGUGUGAUGUGGUUAGACGAGAAUGAAGUGGCUCUGCGCACCCGAGAGGGACACGUCCUGACGGUCAGCCUCAACAACAACACGACCACAACUCUGCUGGACAACAGCUCGCUGGACCUGACCUCGACUAAAUUCCAAGUGUCGGCAGACAAGAAGUUUGUGCUGUUGGCGUACAACGUCCGACCGGUGUUUUCUCAGUCCUUCACAGCCUCCUAUGCUAUCUACACUGUGGCUAAUGGGGAUCUGCUGGAGCUUCAGCCUCCUGAAGGGGAGAAGACAGAACUGCAGUACGCUUCCUGGGGACCUCAGGGGAACCAGCUGGCGUACGUGUUUGAUGGAGAUAUCUACUACAAGCCCAGCGUGAUGAGCAAAGCCCUGCGCCUCACGUCCACCAACCAGGAGCAGAAUGUGGUGAAUGGACUGUCUGACUGGAUUUAUGAAGAGGAGGUGCUUUUGACAUAUGCUGCCCAUUGGUGGUCUCUGGACGGUGCCAGGCUGGCUUACCUCCGCAUCAACAACUCUGCUACACCUGUGAUGGAGCUACCUCACUUCCUGGGUGGCAUCUAUCCCUCCAACAUUAUCUUCCCCUACCCAAAGGCCGGCUCUGGUAUCCCAUCAGUCAGUCUGUUUGUGGUGAAUCUGUACGGUCCAGCUCACACUCUGGAGAUGCUGCCUCCUGACUCCCUCAGAGCCAGAGAAAGCUACAUCUCCAUGGUGACCUGGAUCAGCAGCACCAGGCUGGCGGUGCGCUGGCUAAACCGGGCCCAAAACCAAUCAGUGCUCUGCGUGUGCGAGGCCACCACGGGGGCAUGUUCAGUGAAACACAAAAUGACCAUGGACAUCAUGCAGAACCAGCGACAGGAUGUGCCGUUGUUCACAUCGAACGGCGCCGUCUUUUACACCAUCCUGCCUGCAAAGCAAGGCGCUCGUGGAGAGUUUCACCACGUUGCUGGUCUUUCAGCACAGCCUGCCAUCCCUUCUGUCCCUCCUCGCUUCUUGACAUCUGGGAGCUGGGAUGUCGCCUCGCUGUGCGCCUUAGACGAGCAGGCUGGCAAAAUAUACUUUCUGAGCACAGAGGAAUCGAGACAGAGCCGACAUCUGUACAGUGUGGACCUGAAAGGAGUGUUUGAGCGCCAGUGCAUCUCAUGUCACCUCAUCGAUGGUUGUGGCUUCUUCAAAGCUGUUUUCAGCCCCAAUCAAACCCACUUCACCCUCUACUGUUUGGGUCCGGGAAUCCCUAAAGUGACAGUCCACAAUACAAAGGACCCCUCCAGAUUUGUCAUCCUGGAGGAUAACAGCCCUCUGUCUAAAGCUCUGGAGGAGAAGAAGCUCCCUGAGACUCUGUUCAGGACGGUCCAGGCAGACAACCAUGAUCUGCACCUGAAGCUGUCUCUACCUCAGGGCUAUGAGGCCAACCUGCUCCCGCUCCUCGUCAUGGUGGACAGCACUCCUGGGAGUCAGUCUGUGACGGAGGAGUUUGCCCUGGACUGGCCUCAGGUCCUCUGCAGUACGCACAAUGUGGCCUUGGCCUGGGUGGACGGCAGGAGCGGGGUCGGGCGUGGACAGAAGACCGUGGCCGUCGAUCCACGAAAGCUCGGCUCACUGAGAGUCAAAGAUUAUCUCCGAGUCGUAGAGCUGCUGAUGCGUCUGCCUUACAUCGACGAUCGACGGAUAGCUCUAUAUGGAAAGGCGUUUGGAGGUUAUUUAUCUCUCAAAAUGUUAGCUGCAACAAAUAAGCUCUUUCAGUGUGCGGCAGCUGUGGCCCCGGUUACAGAUUUCAAGCUUUAUAGUGCUGCCUUUUCAGAACGGUAUCUUGGCCUUCCAGCCAAGGAGGAGCAUGCUUAUUCUACCUCCUCUCUCCUUGACGAGGUAAAUAAAUUAAAAGACGAGAACUUCCUUAUUGUACAUGGAACUGCAGAUGCCAGGGUCCACUUCCAGCACAGCGCUGAGCUCCUGAGCCGACUGGUGAAGGCGGAGGCCAACUACUCGCUGCAGCUGUACCCCGACGCAGGCCACAUCCUCAGAGACCCCCACAGCAUCCAACACUUCCAGCGGACUGUGGUGAACUACCUCCAAACCUGCCUGAAGCACAGCACCCUUCUAGAGCUCCCAGAAGAUGAUGAUGAGGAGGAAGAUGACUGAGCUCCCUUUCACUUCUCCUGCCAAGACUCUGGGAGCGGACAUGUUCUGCAUCACCUUGGGUCAGGUUACCAGACAAAAGAGCAGAGGAGAGUGGGGACCAAAAAAACAUCACAUCACUUCCUGUAACUUCUGGAAAAGUUGAU